AUGCAGGGGGGCAAACCUUCGCGGCCUUUCCGCCUGCGUUACGUCGCUACCCUGUUGAUCGCGCUGGCCGCUGUCUUCUUUGGGUUUGUCGCCAACGACGGCGCCCAGAAUCCCUCCGUCCAGGAAUAUUACACCAGCAUAGAGUCGCGGAUUGGCUACUGGCUACUCCUAGGGAACACACGACACUGUGGGCUGUACCCAAAGGGUCAGAUAUGGCCCUUCCCAAUAAGCAAGGCCCAGCGAGCCAUGGAAGAUCAGGUAUACAACAAGCUAGGCCUGGGCCCUGGCUCGCGCGUGCUGGAUGCUGGUGCAGGGUCAGGCUAUGUCGCCAUGCACAUGGCAGAGAAAGGCCUGACGGUCCAGGCCAUCGACAUCACACCCCUUCACGUUGAAGAUGCUGAGAAGAAUAUCAAGGCUCGCGGCCUGGAAGGCAAUAUCUCCGUGCGCUUAGCCGACUAUCACAACCUGACUGACUUCUCCGACGGAUCUUUUGACGGCAUAUAUACGAUGGAGACAUUCGUUCAUGCCGACGAUCCUUCGAAGGUUCUCCAUAACUUCCGGCGGCUGCUGCACCCUGGUGGUGUUCUGGUCCUUAAUGAGGCUGACUUCAACCGGAACUCUGAAUUGUUGCAAGAUGUGCUCCGUCUGUCGCAUUGUCAGAAUACUCUAGAAGAAGGCGCUCUGCCCAGAAUGUUGGAGGAGGCUGGCUUCACGGAUGUCGAGCUGGAAGAUCUGACCGAUGAAGUCCUCCCAUUAUGGCGGCUGUUUGGCUUCGUUGGAUAUGUCCCAUACAAGAUCCUACAGGUUUUUGGGUUACAUACAUGGUUCACGAACCUGAUGGCUGGUGUGGAGUCCUACCUACACUGGGGAGAAGGGCGAUACGUUUCGGUCAGAGCAGUAAAGGCCUAG